AUGGAUCUCGAGAACGGUCUCGUGGGAUGGGAUUCAGCUGAUGACCCAGAGAACCCUCAAAAUUGGCCCUGGAGAAAGAAAUGGACCCUCAUGCUCCUCAUAGCUUCCAUCUGCACCUUCUCCCCCAUGGCGUCGUCCCUUUGCGCACCAGGCACGUCCCUCACCCUCGCCGAAUUCAAUACCGACGACAAGACCAUCGGCUCCCUAAUGAUUUCCAUCUUCGUGCUGGGCUACGCUGUUGGUCCACUGUUCCUUGCGCCCCUGUCGGAACUGUACGGGCGCACGCUCGUCAUCAACGUAUCGAGUGCUUUCUUCAAUGCCUUCAUUUUGGGCUGCUCAUUCGCGCCCAACAUGUCUAGCCUGAUCGUCAUGAGGCUUUUAGCUGGGAUUGGCGGCUCAGCAUGCAUGACGAUUGUGAGUGCCAUCAUCGGGGAUGUUUUCAAAGUGCAUGAGAGAGCAGCAGCGAGUGCGAUUGUCGUGGGGACACCGAGCCUUGCUCCCAUCAUCGGGCCCAUCGCAGGCGGUUUCAUCUCGCAGUAUCUUGGCUGGCGCUGGGCGUAUUGGAUCCUCCUCAUGGGCUCCGGCCCGCUCAACAUCGCCAUGAUAUUCUGCAUGCGCGAAUCCAACCACCCCACGAUCCUUUCUCGCAAGACUAUCCGCCUCCGGAAAUCUCUCCACCGCCCAGACCUACGUUCCCAUCUCGAAAUACAUCUGCCACCCCGCCAGCUCCUCGCCCGCAGCAUCGUCCGCCCAGCAAAGUUCCUUUUCCGCUCACCCAUCGCCUUCCUGAUCAGUCUGUAUGUCAGUAUUGUCUACGGCACGCUCUACCUCCUCUUCACCACCAUCCCAGACGUCUUCCAAAACACGUACGACUUCGAGAUCCAGUACACGGGGUUGGCCUACCUCGGGCUUGGACUAGGCAUGUUCCUCGCACUCGCGCUGGUGGUGAAGUUCAACGACCGCACCGUGCUCCGCCUGCGGAACAAGAACGGCGGCGUCUUCGAGCCCGAAAUGCGCCUCGCCACAACCCCCUACUUCGCCCCCUUCAUGCCCGCUUCCCUGCUCCUCUACGCCUGGACCGCGCGCUCCUCCGUCCACUGGAUCGUGCCCUGCCUGUCCUUCAUCCCCUACGGCUUCGGCCUUCUCGGCAUAUUCGUCCCCUGCCAAACCUACAUGGUCGACGCCUUCCUCUCGACAGCCGCCUCCGCCGUCGCCGCCCUCGUGUGCCUGCGCUGCAUUUUCGGCGCUGUGCUCCCGCUCGUAGGACCCGUCAUGUAUGCGCGGCUGGGGCUGGGGUGGGGGAAUACGGUGCUGGGGCUGAUUACGGUGGCGGUGACGCCGGUGCCGUUUGCGUUUUUGCGGUGGGGUGGGUGGGUGAGGAGGAGAUGGCCUGUGGAGCUGUAG